ACAAUGUGUUUUGAAAAAUCGAUAGUGCAGUCCGUAUAUCAUCAACUCUGUUGCGCAUCCAAAUAAAACAUCAUUUGGUAGUGUGGAUUGAUUUGAAGAGGGUGUUUUGUGUGUUGAAAAAAAUAUUAGUUAUUACUUAGUAUAUAAUAUACUAUCCCGACAUUCUCAUUAGUGUGAAAAUAGUUUGCAAGUGAAGCACUCAGUCCGGUUUUUUAUUUAGAAAGAAUAAAACUUGAAAAAUGAUUAAAAGGACAUCAUCAGUUCGUCGAUGUUUUAUUAUAGCUUUAAGUGUCCUUUUUUUUCUUACCGUCAGUUAUGUUUAUUUAGGUUAUUUAAAAAAUACAUACGAAAACGAUUUAUUGUCAAGCAAUCGGUGUUUUUCCGAGUUGAAUUCUUUGAAAUAUCAAUUGGACGUUGUUACAGAAUACAAGGAUCGUUUAGACAAAUUGCUCACUGAUACACAGCAGAAAUGUGACUAUGAAAAGGAGAGGUUCAAGGAAAUAAUGGAUAGUUGCCUGGCUAUGAAACAACAGACUUCCAUCUGUCAGAGUCAAUUUGAAGAUUUGCAAACGGAAUGCAAAAAGGUUAAAGAACAAUUGGACAAACAUAAAAAGGAAAUAGAAAAAUUGAAGCCUGCAAGAUAAACAUAUUUUCAGUCACAUGGAAUUAAUGUAAAGUUUAUUUAUUA